UUCUACAUAAUUUUAAUUUUCCCGAUUUUAUAAUACAUUAAUAAAAACUAAGCCACCUCUACGAAAAUGGAAAACGUAUUAGAGAAGCUUUAUGAAUUGCAGUUAGAUCAUCUAAACGAUGAAUGGGUGGAUGGAAUUUUCUAUUCAGAAUUCAUGGAAUUUGGUGAACUGCCGGCUGAAUAUGAAAGCGUGUUAGAAUCAAUGGACCUAAGAGCUACGUUUCGGAGUAUUAUGAAAGCAAUUAAUGCAUGGUUGAGAAACGAAUCGGACGAUGAGGAAAGAUCCUGGACGCACUUAUCCAAUCAAGUGAAACAUCAAAAUUUACUGGCAGUUUUAGCGUACUUUAUAGACGUUGGCAGUAAAAACGUUACUUCUAAAGAGCACAGAAACAAUGCUAUUCUGGCUUGUAGGGUAUACUUCAAGUUACUGUCCAUUCCUGGUUAUAAGGCAUACCAUAUAUAUCAUUCACAACUAUUCGCUCAUUCUCUACUAUGCCUGAGCUAUCCAAAAUCUAUGUGUGAUAAUGAAGAUAAUUAUUUUAAUACAAGGGAACUUACCCUUGAAGUAGAUUCUGUAAUAAAGGAAUUGGGUAACUAUGUAAGUGAGUUAAGGGCUAUUAUCAAAGACUUGCAUUUGAACCCAAAUGAUAUGAACUUUGAGGAUAUUUUAAGUAACCUGGUGGAUAUAACUGGAGGGGCUAUUGUUAACAAACUACACAUUGAUAAGGUUGAACUGGGAAACAUUUCUAAAGUAAUAUACGAAAUUAUCAAUAUUUUAAUAUGUGAGCCAAAUGGAAACCCAAGCUCUGUGGCUAUACAACUACUGUUUAAAUGUUUACUUCCCAAAUUCAUUGCUGCAUCUCUGGAUACACGUAAUGCCAAUAACAUUGUCAAAGCCUCAUAUGUGACUUAUUCAGGUUUGCUACUUACAAAGUAUGGAAAAGCUGCUUUAUCGGGGUAUAUUGUGCUUUUACAGCAUCUGUGUUACACUCCAGAUGGACUUGAAAAGGCUGAAGUCCGUACUGCACGUGUAUCUCUAGUAGUAGGUCUAAUGAGCUUAUUACCGCAUAAGUCAUAUAAAAAAAUUGUCAAAUGGUUGCUGACAUUAUCUACAACAGCCAAGAUUACACAUCGACAAAUCGCAUUGGAAAUGUUAUCAAAACUUCUUAAUAAUGAACCUGAAGAACCCAAACGCACAUUGCCUAAUGAAAAUAAUGAAGCAGAACAAACACCUGGAACAGCCUCUGGCGAAGUGACCAAUGAACAAAGUGAGCAGGCUCCUGAAAAUCUACCACCGACUGUUAAUAUAGAUGAGCCACAACCAGGUCCUUCAGGAACCCAAGAUGUCUUAACUGAAGACGAAAGCAGCCAAGAACUUCCACCAUUCAAUGAAAAUGAAGAAGUAACAGAGGAGGAGGUCGCGGGUCUAUUACGUCAACGCUCGCACACCAUAGCGCACGGUGACGUGUUGCGCGCGGUGUACGAGCGCUUGCACGACAUAUCGAGUACCUUGCGGACGCGCGCGCUCACUAUACUCACCGAGUGCCUCAGUUCAGACUACCAGCCUAUGAAAGACGCUAUAAAAGAGUUAAAUGGAGAUGGUGAGGUGUCCCGGUUGGCGGCAGUGGGUGCACAAUGUGUGUGUGACGAGCGGGCCGUCGUGCGCAAGGCGGCGGUUGGACUGAUUCACCGCCUCAUACUCGUCAGGACCGCCAGCGGGAACACACCGCAGCCUUCCGAAUACGCGAUGCUGGUAGGAUUGUGCCGUGAUGCGAGCAUCGUCGUGCGUGUAGCGGCCAUCGCCGCAAUAGGCGAAUUGGUGACACACCGACCAAGUGAUGAAUUUGUAGACGCGUUCCUAACGGGUCCGAUGCACCAAUUGUCCGAUCCUGAAACAAAGAUUCAAGAGCAAGUUGUCAGUAUCAUAGAAAGUAUACUUGUAAAUCGUUUUGAGAAAUACGACGCAAAUAGAACUGAAGACCCUUUGCCUUGGAUGUUCUUAACCGGCGUAGCCCGACAUAAUAUGAAGAAGCAUUUACUAAAUGCAUGCGCAUUGCUUCUUAAAUCGACUAGUUGUAUAAACCACCGUUUAGUGGAUUUAUUGAGCACACACUUGGGAGCUGUGAACGACGAGCGGGACUUGCAAUGCUUGGUAUUGCUUGUUAGUAUCGCGCGUCACAUAAAGUACUCGGACGUUGGUUUCGUACUGGACUACUAUUACAAGCUGAUCGAUGGCCAGCAACGCGAUGCACGAUUGCUGCCACUAACACUUGAGCUGUUGGGUACAUGGUCUUGCUGCAUCGGCGACACGGAGCGACGAAGCCUGCGUGAACAUUUGGUAGCUAGACUGGCUGCAGCCGUUGAUGACGGUUGCAGGACUACUUGCGUAUCGCUUGCAGCUCAACUUGACCCUGACAAUUUGCAGUGGGCCAGUGAAUUAUUACAAUUAUCGGAGCGUCGCGCGGUUAACGGCGGCUCAGUAUCGGAGUGGUUACGUGCCGCUGAUAUCUCCCUCGUGGCACCCCUACCACCGUCGACGCAGCUAUUGCAGCUAUUCUUCAAUGCACUUGUCGAACCGCCACAAGAAUGGUCGGAUGUCGAGCGCGGUGAGUGCGUCGCAGGCGCGGGUCGCCUGUGCGUUCGCUCGCGUGAGACUGCUACGGUGCUUGCGCCGCCCAUCGCCGCACUGCUUAAGGACGCGCGAGCGCCCCUUUGCGCACGCCACAACGCACUGCUCGCCCUCACUGAUAUAUGUACCAGAUACUCAUGCAUUGUAGAGCCGCUUUUGGAAUCAGUUUGCGGUUGCCUUGAAACAGCAACGGUGGGACCGUUGCGCCGCGUGGCCGCACGCUCCCUCACUACGCUCUUACUCUCUGGAUACUUGCGCUUGAGGACUCCACUUUACUAUACGUAUUGCGCUCUACUAGCCGACGAUGACCACGAUGUGCGUGAACCGGCUGAAUAUUACGUGUCGUGUUGCCUUACCGUCGAUGCGAUCUACCACCACUUCGUAGACUGCGUAUUGCAUUACAACAAACAAACGGCGAGCAUAUCAUUCGACGCGCGGCAGUUGAUCUACGACGUGAUGCUGCAAAGAAUGUCACUGGUGCAGAAACUGAACGUCCAGUGCAGACUAGCGCGCGAGGUGCUCGAGCACGCGGCCGAAAUCUGCGAUGAAGGUGAAGAGAUCCCAGCGCAUCUGAACGCGGCCCUACUUGACACAAUCACGCUACUUUGCGGCCCGCGGAUGAAAUUGCCAAAAAAACCUGAAAAGGGGGGAGAUGCUGACAUCGAUGACUUACAAGAAAGAGUAACCACAAACAUAGUGUCUCAUACUUUCACGGAGAAAGAAAAGAAAAUGAAACGUACGGUAGCAGAAGUUCUGGUCCCGGCGGUGCUGCGAUUGUACUCGCACAUGCGUGCGCGUGGCGGACAGCUCGCCACAUACCUCGUGCGCAUCGCCACAGACCUGCUCAACGACUACCGGCACGAGAUUGAGGAGCUUAUCGAAAACGACGAGGAACUAGUUCAACGCGUGCAGCAGUUCCAAGAAACGAUCGGUCUCGAGGCAUCGUUUGGCAACACGCGUAACCUUGUGACGUCAUCAGCGCCGCCCGAGCCCGUAACACCGCGCGCGCCUCGCAAACGCCCAGCGUCCCGGUAUACGGCGGCAACGCCGCGCAAGCGGGCACUGAGGAUAUGAACACGUAUCCAAUAUAUAAUAAAUACAGGGUUAAUUUUCGAACCUUGGCAAUAUUCUAAAAUUAGUAUUUUACACUACUUACACUAUUAGUGCAUAAUGGGUAUGCAGAUGAUAUAAAGUGAAGAAAAUUUGUAGUACGAGUUACAAAAUCUAAAGGAGGCU